AUGUUUUCCGCGGCUGCUGCCAACUUCGCUUCCCUGUUCUUCCAAGGACUGCAAGCUGUUUCAGCUUUUUCCACCAGUGUUUUAUUGGGAUCUGUGACUGCAGUGAUUUUAUUUUCAAAGUACAGGAAUGGAUUUCGUAUUCCCACUUUUUUGGCGGUCUCCUCGGCCUCAACAGAAAAAAGAGCUGCACUGAAAGAGCUGCGAUACAUGAGAGAAAACGGACUACGCAAUAGUCGGCGGGUCGUGGAUAUUUGGGAGUCCUUCCUCUCUCGGGACUUGACUCCGUGUCAAGAAAAGUGGGUCAUAAUGGAGCAAGUUUUCAUUGCCGCCUUGGACGUUGGAGAUGAUCAGCUUGCCUGUGAGUGUCUGGGUCAGUUACGGGCUCACUUUAAAAAGAGUUCUCGGAUCAACCGUCUGUUUGGCAUGUACUUGGAGGCAACUGGCAGGUUUGAGGACGCACAGAGUGUUUAUGCGCAAGUACUGAAAGACGAUCCCACAAACACCUUUGUCCGUAGGCGUAAAGUCGCCAUUUUCAAGUCCCAGAAACGAAAUAUUGAAGCCAUUGAUGAACUCAGGAAUUAUCUGAAAACUUUCAUGAGUGAUUUUGAGGCUUGGAAUGAACUUGCUGAUCUCUAUCUGGCAGAGGGGGAUUUCAAGCAUGCUGCUUUUUGUCUCGAAGAGAUGCUACUGUCCAGCCCUCACAACCAUCUGUACUGUCAGCGCUACGCAGAAACCUGCUCAGCUCUGGAACAGCAGUCGGGUAAACCUCUGUUGGAUUCCGUCUCCAUCUCACACCUAAUGUCAACUCAGGAGAGACGUGAUCCGAUCGAGUCAUGGGAUGGUGGUCAGGGUGGCAGAGGCAGGAUUCGUCCUGUCGCGAAACUACCUUCAGGACUCACCAACAGCUUGGAAUUGAAUCGGCACUUAAUCUUUUGGGCCGCAUCGAAAAUCCAGCAGCUGUAUAAGAAUGCACUGAAAACGCCACCUCACUCACUGGUGUCUGCUAAGGGAACACUCCACAAGGCGUGCAGUGGCAUUGAACCUCAACCAUCACUAAACGAUCUAUCACCAUCCAUCACUUCGAAUACUAACGAGGCUGCUGAGGAACGUAAUAGUACUUUCCGCAUUCAACACUCCCUCCAUAACGUCGGAUCUCAACCUGUACAACUCGUUUACGAUUCAUAGCAACCGUUUCCUAGGCCCAAAUCCGGCCUGUACUUUCUCCCCUGUGGUCCGUCAGUCACUCAUCCUUACUUACUAUCUGCGCUCGGUGUAUAUCCUUUGUGUGUGUGCAUUUUUACUUGAUGCUUGCGGUAUCUGUUUGCAUUAGCGUUGCCAGUAAUUCAGGGAGAACGUGGAUACCUUCACCCCUUUUUAGCGUGAUCUCACUUGCCUUUCCUGCACACGUUCCGGGCCAUGUUUUCUUCUCGAUUAGACCACUUUCCAAGAGACUAUUUAUGCGCGCUUCACCAACUGGGAUCUUUUGAUUAACUUACCGCUGGUAUGCGGGAAUUAGUCCUGCUUGCGCUGUACUGUAUUGCAUUUGGCGAUGUUUGAAUAAAGUGGUUGGUGACCGAG